CUACAUAGAAGGAAAAUUGUUUUGCUGGAUUUCUGCACUGCCCUUAUUCCAAAUGCAAUAGAGAGACAGGGAGAAAGAGCAAGAGCUUGGGAGAAGGCUCUGGAUUGGUGUUCUGGGCUAUUUCAACUUCAGGGCAACUUUUGAGAACUUCAGUUAUUUUUGGUUCUGGCAUACAGCUGAGACCAGGGGAGCCUGAGGUUGAGGCUGAUGCAGAAGAAGACGAUUCUGUCAAUGAAGUGACAAUAGAAAACAUACGGCCAAGGCCACAAGGAUCCUCUCCAGUUUAUGAGUAUUCCAUAGAAGAAGAAUAUUUUAACAAAAAGGCAAGACAUAGAUAAGCUACAAGAAGAUACAGAGAACAAAAAAUAUUCUACAGAAAAACAAAAAAUGAGUCAUUCACAGGCGUCUAUGGAGGUGACCAUGAAAACAGAAGUGGCAUCUGGUGCUAGUGGUUUUAGUGUGACUGGUGGAGGAAGUGAAGGAAUAUUUGUAAAACAAGUGGUCAAGGGAUCCCCUGCUUCGAAAAUAUUCAGUUUGAGAGAAGGUGAUCAGCUAUUAAGUGCCACAAUAUUUUUUGAUAAUAUCAAAUAUGAAGAUGCACUCAAGAUUCUUCAAUAUUCCGAACCAUACAAAGUACAAUUCAGUCUCCAAAGAAAAUUUGGUGGGAAAGAAGAGCUAGAAAAAAUACAUUCUACAGAACAACCCAAGAAGGAAAAAAUAAGUCAGGAAAAAGAGCUUAAUGAAAAAAUUUGUGGAACAACACUGGAAAUUUCAGAAAAGAUUAUUUCAAAAGAAGACAAGGAAAAGGAAAUUGUAAAACAAAGGUUGGGAAGAACAAAACAACCCAGAAAAGAGAGAUUGUCAUGGCCCAAAUUCCAGUCAAUGAAAAAUAAAAAGAUUUUGGGGCACAGAAGAUCUCAUAGUACAUCAGAUGCAUAUGAGCAUGCUAUACAAGAUAUUUCCCCAACAAGCACUGACACUGAGUCACAAUUACAACAAGAAGAAUUCUGUGCUAAAGAGAAAAAAGGAAGCCAAAAGAAACAGAAGUUCCCUAAUAUUGGAUUCAAAAUGCAUAGAACAAAAGCAGAAACAGAAGAGAAGCAGAGAUUAGAAAUAAAAACCGUGACACCAACAAAAAAGGAUAAAAUACGGAAAGAAGAUAUCAGCAUGGAAACUCCAGAAAUACUAACUGUACAAUAUACUAUGUCUUCUGCAUAUGAAACAAAAGCAGGUGAAAUACAAGAAAAUGUCAAAAAAGACUUAAAAGACAUGGAAAAUGGCUUACCAAUCUAUACAAAGAAGUGCCCUGAAGUUGAAAUUAACAUUAAAAAACAAAAGGACCAGAUAGCAACAUCUAAAUCUACUACUAAAACAACACCAAUAACAAAACAAAUAUCAAAAUCUACAUCAGAAAUACAAAAACCUAGUCUCAAAGACACACAAAGCAAACAAAUACCGCAAGCAUUACCAAGGACCAGAAAAAAGAAACAAAAAGGUUCAUCAGAACAAAAACCUACCAAAAUUCUUCUACAAUAUCCUGAAGAAGGAAUAACAAAUAAAGAAAUGAGGGAUCACCUAGAAUACGGUUCGAUUCAAAUAAAAGGUCUAGAAAUAAAAACAACAACAAAAGAAACAGGAAAAACAAAACAAGAAAAAGAGAAAAAUGAAGAAUGUGAGCAGGAUAAGAUUCAAAUAUCAGAUAUACAACAAGAAAAGUUUGGAAUUUGCAUCAAUAAGGGAAAGCAGCCAGAAAGUGAAAUCACAUUACACAAACUGGAAACUGACAUACACGAGAAAACUAUAAAAAUGGAAGGACUGGAAACUGACAAGAAGGUCCCAAAAGCACCAGUGCAAAUUAAUCCUGUGACAGAAGGCUCAGGCAGGAAAAUCCAAAUGCCAUUACUCAAAAUGCCCAAAAUGCCUAAAGCAGACCUUCAAGCACCAAAGGUAGACAUGACCCUCCCAUCAGUAGAUGUUUCUCUUCCAAAGGCCGAGGUGGACAUUCAAGGCGCAGAAGCAACAGCUAAAGCGGUAAAGAUAGAAGCUGAAAUAAAAGCCACAGAUAAAGAUGCUAAAGGAAAAGAAAGUAAGUUCAAAAUCCCAAAAUUCAGUAUGCCUUCAUUUGGCUGGUCCACCACAAAAGAGACCAGUGGUGGAGUAGCAGGUGUUGAAGCAAGCGUGAAAGAGCCUCAGGUGACAGUGCCAUCCGCUAGGGCAGAAGGAGAGAUAACACUGUCAGGACCUGCCAUUCAGGCUCCAAGUGCUGAACUGGAAAUCGGGACUUCUGCAACAAAUGAUGGUGAGAAGGGGAAAAUUAAAAUACCUGAUGUUAAGCUGCCAAGUGUGAAGCUUCCCAAAGUCAAGGCUCCCCAGGUACAGGUCAGUCUGUCAAAGGUAGAGGCAGAUAUUUGCCUUCCCAAAUCACAAGGCGAAAGGAAAGAGGGGGGAUUUGAAGUGAAAGUUCCCGACAAGGAAAGCAGUACUGAAGUUAAGACAGGGAAAGCAGAGGCAAGAGGGAUGAAAAUACACAUGCCAAAAGUCAAAAUGCUUUCUAUGGGAUUUUCCAAACCAGAAAUCAAAGCUCCCAAAGUAGACGUGGAUGUUACUUUACCCAAAGUCGAUGUCUCACUUCCCACGUGUGACGUCAGUCUUCACGAAGCUGACCUGAAAGCAGCCUCCGUUCCCGGAGAUGUCAAAAUCUCGGCACCUGAAGUCAAGAUUCCCAAAAUAGAAGGUUCCAUUGAACUGAAGAGUCCAGGAAUUGAAGCGAAAGCACCAUCCGCUGAAAUUGCGGCGGAGGAACCAGAGGUGAAAACUGCCGGUUUAGAAGAGAAAAUUCAAAUGCCUAAAUUUGAAAAGCCAAAGUUUGGAGUUUCACUUCCAAAAGGCAAAGUGCCAGAAGGCGAGAUCAGCUUAUUUAAAAUGGAAGCUGACAUUCCCAAGCCAAAAGUCAAGGGCCAAGUGGGUGCAAUCGACGUGGAAACCUCGACACUAGCAGUGGAAGCUGAUUUUCCUGACGUAGAGACUGAAGCUUCCGGCUGGGAAAUACAAAUGCCAUCACUCAAAAUGCCCAAAAUGCCUAAAGCAGACCUUCAAGCACCAAAGGUGGACAUCACCCUCCCAUCAGUAGACGUUUCUCUUCCAAAGACAGAGGUGGACAUUCAAGGCCCAGAAGCAACAGCUAAAGCGGUAAGGAUAGAAGGUGAAAUAAAAGCCACAGAUAAAGAUGCUAAGGGCAAAGAAAGUAAGUUCAAAAUGCCAAAAUUCGGCAUGCCUUCAUUUGGCUGGUCCACCACAAAAGAGACCAGUGGUGGAGUAGCAGGUGUUGAAGGAAGCGUGAAAGAGCCCCAGGUGACAGUGCCAUCAGCUGGGGCAGAAGGAGAGAUAACAGUGUCAGGACCUGCCAUCCAGGCUCCAAGUGCUGAACUGGAAAUCGGGACUUCUGCAGGAAAAGAUGGUGAGAAGGGGAAAAUUAAAAUACCUGACGUUAAGCUGGCGAGUGUGAAGCUUCCCAAAGUCAAGGCUCCCCAUGUACAGGUCGGUCUGUCAAAGGUAGAGGCAGAUAUUUGCCUUCCCAAAUCACAAGGCGAAAGGAAAGAGGGGGGAUUUGAAGUGAAAGUUCCCGACAUGGAAAGCAGUAUUGAAGUUGAGACAGGGAAAGCAGAGGCAAGAGGGAUGAAAAUACACAUGCCAAAAGUCAAGGUGCCUUCUAUGGGAUUUUCUAAACCAGAAAUCAAAGCUCCCAAGGUAGACGUGGAUGUUACCUUAUCCAAAGUCGAUGUCUCACUUCCCACGUGUGACGUCAAUCUUCACGAAGCUGACCUGAAAGCAGCCUCCGUUCCCGGAGAUGUCAAAAUCUCGGCACCUGGAGUCAAGAUUCCCAAAAUAGAAGGUUCCAUUGAGCUGAAGAGUCCAGGAAUUGACGCGAAAGCACCAUCCGCUGAAAUUGCGGCGGAGGGACCAGAGGUGAAAACUGCCGGUUUGGAAGGGAAAAUUCAAAUGCCUAAAUUUGAAAAGCCAAAGUUUGGAGUUUCACUUCCAAAAGGCAAAGUGCCAGAAGGCGAGAUCAGCUUAUUUAAAAUGGAAGCUGACAUUCCCAAGCCAAAAGUCAAGGGCCAAGUGGGUGCAAUCGACGUGGAAACCUCGACACUAGCAGUGGAAGCUGAUGUUCCUGACGUAGAGACUGAAGCUUCCGGCUGGCAAAUACAAAUGCCAUCACUCAAAAUGCCCAAAAUGCCUAAAGCAGACCUUCAAGCACCAAAGGUGGACAUCACCCUCCCAUCAGUAGACGUUUCUCUUCCAAAGACAGAGGUGGACAUUCAAGGCCCAGAAGCAACAGCUAAAGCAGUAAAGAUAGAAGGUGAAAUAAAAGCCACAGAUAAAGAUGCUAAGGGCAAAGAAAGUAAGUUCAAAAUGCCAAAAUUCGGCAUGCCUUCAUUUGGCUGGUCCACCACAAAAGAGACCAGUGGUGGAGUAGCAGGUGUUGAAGGAAGCGUGAAAGAGCCCCAGGUGACAGUGCCAUCAGCUGGGGCAGAAGGAGAGAUGACAGUGUCAGGACUUGCCAUCCAGGCUCCAAGUGCUGAACUGGAAAUCGGGACUUCUGCAGGAAAAGAUGGUGAGAAGGGGAAAAUUAAAAUACCUGACGUUAAGCUGCCGAGUGCGAAGCUUCCCAAAGUCAAGGCUCCCCAGGUACAGGUCAGUCUGUCAAAGGUAGAGGCAGAUAUUUGCCUUCCCAAAUCACAAGGCGAAAGGAAAGAGGGGGGAUUUGAAGUGAAAGUUCCCGACAAGGAAAGCAGUACUGAAGUUAAGACAGGGAAAGCAGAGGCAAGAGGGAUGAAAAUACACAUGCCAAAAGUCAAAAUGCUUUCUAUGGGAUUUUCCAAACCAGAAAUCAAAGCUCCCAAAGUAGACGUGGAUGUUACUUUACCCAAAGUCGAUGUCUCACUUCCCACGUGUGACGUCAGUCUUCACGAAGCUGACCUGAAAGCAGCCUCCGUUCCCGGAGAUGUCAAAAUCUCGGCACCUGAAGUCAAGAUUCCCAAAAUAGAAGGUUCCAUUGAACUGAAGAGUCCAGGAAUUGAAGCGAAAGCACCAUCCGCUGAAAUUGCGGCGGAGGAACCAGAGGUGAAAACUGCCGGUUUAGAAGAGAAAAUUCAAAUGCCUAAAUUUGAAAAGCCAAAGUUUGGAGUUUCACUUCCAAAAGGCAAAGUGCCAGAAGGCGAGAUCAGCUUAUUUAAAAUGGAAGCUGACAUUCCCAAGCCAAAAGUCAAGGGCCAAGUGGGUGCAAUCGACGUGGAAACCUCGACACUAGCAGUGGAAGCUGAUUUUCCUGACGUAGAGACUGAAGCUUCCGGCUGGGAAAUACAAAUGCCAUCACUCAAAAUGCCCAAAAUGCCUAAAGCAGACCUUCAAGCACCAAAGGUGGACAUCACCCUCCCAUCAGUAGACGUUUCUCUUCCAAAGACAGAGGUGGACAUUCAAGGCCCAGAAGCAACAGCUAAAGCGGUAAGGAUAGAAGGUGAAAUAAAAGCCACAGAUAAAGAUGCUAAGGGCAAAGAAAGUAAGUUCAAAAUGCCAAAAUUCGGCAUGCCUUCAUUUGGCUGGUCCACCACAAAAGAGACCAGUGGUGGAGUAGCAGGUGUUGAAGGAAGCGUGAAAGAGCCCCAGGUGACAGUGCCAUCAGCUGGGGCAGAAGGAGAGAUAACAGUGUCAGGACCUGCCAUCCAGGCUCCAAGUGCUGAACUGGAAAUCGGGACUUCUGCAGGAAAAGAUGGUGAGAAGGGGAAAAUUAAAAUACCUGACGUUAAGCUGGCGAGUGUGAAGCUUCCCAAAGUCAAGGCUCCCCAUGUACAGGUCGGUCUGUCAAAGGUAGAGGCAGAUAUUUGCCUUCCCAAAUCACAAGGCGAAAGGAAAGAGGGGGGAUUUGAAGUGAAAGUUCCCGACAUGGAAAGCAGUAUUGAAGUUGAGACAGGGAAAGCAGAGGCAAGAGGGAUGAAAAUACACAUGCCAAAAGUCAAGGUGCCUUCUAUGGGAUUUUCUAAACCAGAAAUCAAAGCUCCCAAGGUAGACGUGGAUGUUACCUUAUCCAAAGUCGAUGUCUCACUUCCCACGUGUGACGUCAAUCUUCACGAAGCUGACCUGAAAGCAGCCUCCGUUCCCGGAGAUGUCAAAAUCUCGGCACCUGGAGUCAAGAUUCCCAAAAUAGAAGGUUCCAUUGAGCUGAAGAGUCCAGGAAUUGACGCGAAAGCACCAUCCGCUGAAAUUGCGGCGGAGGGACCAGAGGUGAAAACUGCCGGUUUGGAAGGGAAAAUUCAAAUGCCUAAAUUUGAAAAGCCAAAGUUUGGAGUUUCACUUCCAAAAGGCAAAGUGCCAGAAGGCGAGAUCAGCUUAUUUAAAAUGGAAGCUGACAUUCCCAAGCCAAAAGUCAAGGGCCAAGUGGGUGCAAUCGACGUGGAAACCUCGACACUAGCAGUGGAAGCUGAUGUUCCUGACGUAGAGACUGAAGCUUCCGGCUGGCAAAUACAAAUGCCAUCACUCAAAAUGCCCAAAAUGCCUAAAGCAGACCUUCAAGCACCAAAGGUGGACAUCACCCUCCCAUCAGUAGACGUUUCUCUUCCAAAGACAGAGGUGGACAUUCAAGGCCCAGAAGCAACAGCUAAAGCAGUAAAGAUAGAAGGUGAAAUAAAAGCCACAGAUAAAGAUGCUAAGGGCAAAGAAAGUAAGUUCAAAAUGCCAAAAUUCGGCAUGCCUUCAUUUGGCUGGUCCACCACAAAAGAGACCAGUGGUGGAGUAGCAGGUGUUGAAGGAAGCGUGAAAGAGCCCCAGGUGACAGUGCCAUCAGCUGGGGCAGAAGGAGAGAUGACAGUGUCAGGACUUGCCAUCCAGGCUCCAAGUGCUGAACUGGAAAUCGGGACUUCUGCAGGAAAAGAUGGUGAGAAGGGGAAAAUUAAAAUACCUGACGUUAAGCUGCCGAGUGCGAAGCUUCCCAAACUCAAGGCUCCCCAGGUACAGGUCGGUCUGCCAAAGGUAGAGGCAGAUAUUUGCCUUCCCCAAUCACAAGGCGAAAGGAAAGAGGGGGGAUUUGAAGUGAAAGUUCCCGACAUGGAAAGCAGUAUUGAAGUUGAGACAGGGAAAGCAGAGGCAAGAGGGAUGAAAAUACACAUGCCAAAAGUCAAGGUGCCUUCUAUGGGAUUUUCUAAACCAGAAAUCAAAGCUCCCAAGGUAGACGUGGAUGUUACCUUAUCCAAAGUCGAUGUCUCACUUCCCACGUGUGACGUCUGUCUUCACGAAGCUGACCUGAAAGCAGCCUCCGUUCCCGGAGAUGUCAAAAUCUCGGCACCUGGAGUCAAGAUUCCCAAAAUAGAAGGUUCCAUUGAGCUGAAGAGUCCAGGAAUUGACGCGAAAGCACCAUCAGCUGAAAUUGUGGCGGAGGGACCAGAGGUGAAAACUGCCGGUUUGGAAGGGAAAAUUCAAAUGCCUAAAUUUGAAAAGCCAAAGUUUGGAGUUUCACUUCCAAAAGGCAAAGUGCCAGAAGGCGAGAUCAGCUUAUUUAAAAUGGAAGCUGACAUUCCCAAGCCAAAAGUCAAGGGCCAAGUGGGUGCAAUCGACGUGGAAACCUCGACACUAGCAGUGGAAGCUGAUGUUCCUGACGUAGAGACUGAAGCUUCCGGCUGGGAAAUACAAAUGCCAUCACUCAAAAUGCCCAAAAUGCCUAAAGCAGACCUUCAAGCACCAAAGGUGGACAUCACCCUCCCAUCAGUAGACGUUUCUCUUCCAAAGACAGAGGUGGACAUUCAAGGCCCAGAAGCAACAGCUAAAGCGGUAAAGAUAGAAGGUGAAAUAAAAGCCACAGAUAAAGAUGCUAAGGGCAAAGAAAGUAAGUUCAAAAUGCCAAAAUUCGGCAUGCCUUCAUUUGGCUGGUCCACCACAAAAGAGACCAGUGGUGGAGUAGCAGGUGUUGAAGGAAGCGUGAAAGAGCCCCAGGUGACAGUGCCAUCAGCUGGGGCAGAAGGAGAGAUGACAGUGUCAGGACCUGCCAUCCAGGCUCCAAGUGCUGAACUGGAAAUCGGGACUUCUGCAGGAAAAGAUGGUGAGAAGGGGAAAAUUAAAAUACCUGACGUUAAGCUGCCGAGUGUGAAGCUUCCCAAAGUCAAGGCUCCCCAGGUACAGGUCGGUCUGCCAAAGGUAGAGGCAGAUAUUUGCCUUCCCAAAUCACAAGGCGAAAGGAAAGAGGGGGGAUUUGAAGUGAAAGUUCCCGACAUGGAAAGCAGUAUUGAAGUUGAGACAGGGAAAGCAGAGGCAAGAGGGAUGAAAAUACACAUGCCAAAAGUCAAGGUGCCUUCUAUGGGAUUUUCUAAACCAGAAAUCAAAGCUCCCAAGGUAGACGUGGAUGUUACCUUAUCCAAAGUCGAUGUCUCACUUCCCACGUGUGACGUCAGUCUUCACGAAGCUGACCUGAAAGCAGCCUCCGUUCCUGGAGAUGUCAAAAUCUCGGCACCUGGAGUCAAGAUUCCCAAAAUAGAAGGUUCCAUUGAGCUGAAGAGUCCAGGAAUUGACGCGAAAGCACCAUCUGCUGAAAUUGCGGCGGAGGGACCAGAGGUGAAAACUGCCGGUUUGGAAGGGAAAAUUCAAAUGCCUAAAUUUGAAAAGCCAAAGUUUGGAGUUUCACUUCCAAAAGGCAAAGUGCCAGAAGGCGAGAUCAGCUUAUUUAAAAUGGAAGCUGACAUUCCCAAGCCAAAAGUCAAGGGCCAAGUGGGUGCAAUUGACGUGGAAACCUCGACACUAGCAGUGGAAGCUGAUGUUCCUGACGUAGAGACUGAAGCUUCCGGCUGGGAAAUACAAAUGCCAUCACUCAAAAUGCCCAAAAUGCCUAAAGCAGACCUUCAAGCACCAAAGGUGGACAUCACCCUCCCAUCAGUAGACGUUUCUCUUCCAAAGACAGAGGUGGACAUUCAAGGCCCAGAAGCAACAGCUAAAGCGGUAAAGAUAGAAGGUGAAAUAAAAGCCACAGAUAAAGAUGCUAAGGGCAAAGAAAGUAAGUUCAAAAUGCCAAAAUUCGGCAUGCCUUCAUUUGGCUGGUCCACCACAAAAGAGACCAGUGGUGGAGUAGCAGGUGUUGAAGGAAGCGUGAAAGAGCCCCAGGUGACAGUGCCAUCAGCUGGGGCAGAAGGAGAGAUGACAGUGUCAGGACCUGCCAUCCAGGCUCCAAGUGCUGAACUGGAAAUCGGGACUUCUGCAGGAAAAGAUGGUGAGAAGGGGAAAAUUAAAAUACCUGACGUUAAGCUGCCGAGUGUGAAGCUUCCCAAAGUCAAGGCUCCCCAGGUACAGGUCGGUCUGCCAAAGGUAGAGGCAGAUAUUUGCCUUCCCAAAUCACAAGGCGAAAGGAAAGAGGGGGGAUUUGAAGUGAAAGUUCCCGACAUGGAAAGCAGUAUUGAAGUUGAGACAGGGAAAGCAGAGGCAAGAGGGAUGAAAAUACACAUGCCAAAAGUCAAGGUGCCUUCUAUGGGAUUUUCUAAACCAGAAAUCAAAGCUCCCAAGGUAGACGUGGAUGUUACCUUAUCCAAAGUCGAUGUCUCACUUCCCACGUGUGACGUCAGUCUUCACGAAGCUGACCUGAAAGCAGCCUCCGUUCCCGGAGAUGUCAAAAUCUCGGCACCUGGAGUCAAGAUUCCCAAAAUAGAAGGUUCCAUUGAGCUGAAGAGUCCAGGAAUUGACGCGAAAGCACCAUCCGCUGAAAUUGCGGCGGAGGGACCAGAGGUGAAAACUGCCGGUUUGGAAGGGAAAAUUCAAAUGCCUAAAUUUGAAAAGCCAAAGUUUGGAGUUUCACUUCCAAAAGGCAAAGUGCCAGAAGGCGAGAUCAGCUUAUUUAAAAUGGAAGCUGACAUUCCCAAGCCAAAAGUCAAGGGCCAAGUGGGUGCAAUCGACGUGGAAACCUCGACACUAGCAGUGGAAGCUGAUGUUCCUGACGUAGAGACUGAAGCUUCCGGCUGGGAAAUACAAAUGCCAUCACUCAAAAUGCCCAAAAUGCCUAAAGCAGACCUUCAAGCACCAAAGGUGGACAUCACCCUCCCAUCAGUAGACGUUUCUCUUCCAAAGACAGAGGUGGACAUUCAAGGCGCAGAAGCAACAGCUAAAGCGGUAAAGAUAGAAGGUGAAAUAAAAGCCACAGAUAAAGAUGCUAAGGGCAAAGAAAGUAAGUUCAAAAUGCCAAAAUUCGGCAUGCCUUCAUUUGGCUGGUCCACCACAAAAGAGACCAGUGGUGGAGUAGCAGGUGUUGAAGGAAGCGUGAAAGAGCCCCAGGUGACAGUGCCAUCAGCUGGGGCAGAAGGAGAGAUGACAGUGUCAAGACUUGCCAUCCAGGCUCCAAGUGCUGAACUGGAAAUCGGGACUUCUGCAGGAAAAGAUGGUGAGAAGGGGAAAAUUAAAAUACCUGACGUUAAGCUGCCGAGUGUGAAGCUUCCCAAAGUCAAGGCUCCCCAGGUACAGGUCGGUCUGCCAAAGGUAGAGGCAGAUAUUUGCCUUCCCAAAUCACAAGGCGAAAGGAAAGAGGGGGGAUUUGAAGUGAAAGUUCCCGACAUGGAAAGAAGUAUUGAAGUUGAGACAGGGAAAGCAGAGGCAAGAGGGAUGAAAAUACACAUGCCAAAAGUCAAGGUGCCUUCUAUGGGAUUUUCUAAACCAGAAAUCAAAGCUCCCAAGGUAGACGUGGAUGUUACCUUAUCCAAAGUCGAUGUCUCACUUCCCACGUGUGACGUCAGUCUUCACGAAGCUGACCUGAAAGCAGCCUCCGUUCCCGGAGAUGUCAAAAUCUCGGCACCUGGAGUCAAGAUUCCCAAAAUAGAAGGUUCCAUUGAGCUGAAGAGUCCAGGAAUUGAAGCGAAAGCACCAUCCGCUGAAAUUGCGGCGGAGGGACCAGAGGUGAAAACUGCCGGUUUGGAAGGGAAAAUUCAAAUGCCUAAAUUUGAAAAGCCAAAGUUUGGAGUUUCACUUCCAAAAGGCAAAGUGCCAGAAGGCGAGAUCAGCUUACCCAAAAUGGAAGCUGACAUUGCCAAGCCAAAAGUCAAGGGCCAAGUGGGUGCAAUCGACGUGGAAACCUCGACACUAGCAGUGGAAGCUGAUGUUCCUGACGUAGAGACUGAAGCUUCCGGCUGGGAAAUACAAAUGCCAUCACUCAAAAUGCCCAAAAUGCCUAAAGCAGACCUUCAAGCACCAAAGGUGGACAUUACCCUCCCAUCAGUAGACGUUUCUCUUCCAAAGACAGAGGUGGACAUUCAAGGCCCAGAAGCAACAGCUAAAGCGGUAAAGAUAGAAGGUGAAAUAAAAGCCACAGAUAAAGAUGCUAAGGGCAAAGAAAGUAAGUUCAAAAUGCCAAAAUUCGGCAUGCCUUCAUUUGGCUGGUCCACCACAAAAGAGACCAGUGGUGGAGUAGCAGGUGUUGAAGGAAGCGUGAAAGAGCCCCAGGUGACAGUGCCAUCAGCUGGGGCAGAAGGAGAGAUGACAGUGUCAGGACCUGCCAUCCAGGCUCCAAGUGCUGAACUGGAAAUCGGGACUUCUGCAGGAAAAGAUGGUGAGAAGGGGAAAAUUAAAAUACCUGACGUUAAGCUGCCAAGUGUGAAGCUUCCCAAAGUCAAGGCUCCCCAGGUACAGGUCGGUCUGUCAAAGGUAGAGGCAGAUAUUUGCCUUCCCAAAUCACAAGGCGAAAGGAAAGAGGGGGGAUUUGAAGUGAAAGUUCCCGACAUGGAAAGCAGUAUUGAAGUUGAGACAGGGAAAGCAGAGGCAAGAGGGAUGAAAAUACACAUGCCAAAAGUCAAGGUGCCGUCUAUGGGAUUUUCUAAACCAGAAAUCAAAGCUCCCAAGGUAGACAUGGAUGUUACCUUAUCCAAAGUCGAUGUCUCACUUCCCACGUGUGACGUCAGUCUUCACGAAGCUGACCUGAAAGCAGCCUCCGUUCCCGGAGAUGUCAAAAUCUCGGCACCUGGAGUCAAGAUUCCCAAAAUAGAAGGUUCCAUUGAGCUGAAGAGUCCAGGAAUUGAAGCGAAAGCACCAUCCGCUGAAAUUGCGGCGGAGGGACCAGAGGUGAAAACUGCCGGUUUGGAAGGGAAAAUUCAAAUGCCUAAAUUUGAAAAGCCAAAGUUUGGAGUUUCACUUCCAAAAGGCAAAGUGCCAGAAGGCGAGAUCAGCUUACCCAAAUUGGAAGUUGACAUUCCCAAGCCAAAAGUCGAGGGCCAAGUGAGUGCAAUCGACGUGGAAACCUCGACACUAGCAGUGGAAGCUGAUGUUCCUGACGUAGAGACUGAAGAUUCUGGCAGGAAAAUACAAAUGCCAUCACUCAAAAUGCCCAAAAUGCCUAAAGCAGACCUUCAAGCACCAAAGGUGGACAUCACCCUCCCAUCAGUAGACGUUUCUCUUCCAAAGACAGAGGUGGACAUUCAAGGCCCAGAAGCAACAGCUAAAGCGGUAAAGAUAGAAGGUGAAAUAAAAGCCACAGAUAAAGAUGCUAAAGGAAAAGAAAGUAAGUUCAAAAUGCCAAAAUUCGGCAUGCCUUCAUUUGGCUGGUCCACCACAAAAGAGACCAGUGGUGGAGUAGCAGGUGUUGAAGCAAGCGUGAAAGAGCUCCAGGUGACAGUGCCAUCAGCUGGGGCAGAAGGAGAGAUAACAGUGUCAGGACCUGAAAUCCAGGCUCCAAGUGUUGGACUUGAAAUUCUAAGUAGUUCUGUAAAAGAUAGUGUUAAGCGGACAUCUAAAAUGCCUCUUUUUAAAAUUCAAAAGGUUUCUAUUUCUAAGAUACCUAAAUCUGAUAUUAGUGAUCCCAACUUGCAGGCUGAUGUUUUUCACCCUAUAACUGAAGCUAAUGUAAUAGCUGAAGGAAUACCAUUGAGGUUUUCAGGCCCUGAGAGUAGCGUGAAUCUUCCUGAGUGUGGAGAAGAUGCAAGGGCCAAACGUGUUAAUUUACCAAAAUUUCGGAUUCCUGAUUUGGGGUUUUCCAAAGUUGAUAUCAGUACCCAUAUAGCUGACCAGGAUGCAAACUUACUGAAAGAUGAUGUCACUCUUACUAAGUAUCACAUGAGUGUUCAAGAACCCAAAGUGAUAUCUGGGUCUGCUAUUGGUGAUGUAAGCAUUGCAGAGACAGAUAUUAAAUUUGCAUUGACAGAAAGUUCCUCUGAGCUGAAGAGUACAGAUAUAGUUGCUAAAAUACCAUCAGUUGACGUUGCUAUAGAUAGAGGAGAAGUGAAGCUUGAAGGUUUCGAAGUGAAGUCUAAAAUGCCUAAAUUCCAAAAGAUGAAGUUUGGAAUUUCACUGCCUAAGGGAAAAAUUCCAGAGAGUGAGAUCAGCCUACCUCAAAUGGAAGGUGACAUUUCCAAACCAAAAGUAACAGCUGAAGUUACUGAGAUUGCUAUUGAAACUUCAUCUUUAGAUGUUAAACGUGAAGUCUCUGAUGCAGGAACAGAAGUGUCAGGCUUAAAAAUGCAACUGCCAUCACUCAAAAUGUCUCAUAUACCUAAAGCUGAUGGAGCACCAAAGGUGGACUUCAGCCUCCCAUCAGUUGAUGUUACCAUCCCAACAACAAAGGUAGACAUUCGAGGCCCAGAUUUAGAAAGUAAAGUGGUAAAGACUGAGAGUGAAAUAAAAUCUGCAGAAAAAGACAUUGAAGGGAAAGAAAGCAAAUUCAAAAUGCCAAAAUUCAAACUCUCAUCAUUUCGUUGGUCACCAAAGAAAGAAGCAGUUGUUACAUGUGAUACUGAAGCAACCCUUGAGGAGCCUACUUUGGCCUCUUCAUUAGGAGAAACAGAAGCUGGAUUAACAUUAACUGUAGCUGAGGUUCGGUGCCCAAGUGUGGAUCUCGAAAGUGACAUGCCUAUAGGUGAGAAGGAGAAAAUUAAAAAGCCUCAGUUCAGCAUGCCAAAGUUAUCACUUCCUAAAAUGAAGGGUCACAAAGCACAGGUCUCUCUGCCAAAAUUGGAAAGUGAUGUUAGUGGUCCUAAACCAGAAAAUGAAGGAGAUGUUUCACUGCAGAUAUCAGAGAAAGGAAGCAGUGGAGAUGGAGAAGGAAUUGCCAUAAAAAUGCCAAAGGUUAAGAUCUCUACUUCAGAAUUUUCAAAAACAGAAAUCAAAGCUCCCAAAAUGGAUGUGGACGUUCGCUUACCUACGGAUGAUGUCAAGCUUCCUACAUAUGAUGUGACUAUUCAACAAGCUGACUUGAAACUGAUGUCUGCUGGUGCUGAUGUCAACCUGUCAGCCCCAGAUAUUAAGAUUCCAACAUCGGAAGGGUCCAUAGAGUUGCAAAGUCCAGAAACAGGAGUUGAAGGAAUAUCAGCUGGAAUUGUUGUGGAUGGAGCAGAGCUGAAAGCUGAAGGUCUUGAAGGGAAGAUUAAAAUGCCUGAAUUCCAAAAGCCAAAGUUUGGAAUUUCACAUCCUAAAGGGAAAGUGCCAGAAAGUGAGAUCAGCUUACCCAAAAUGGAAGCUGAUAUUCCCCAGCUAAAAGCGAUGACAGAUAUUAUUGACGUUUCUCUGAAAGCACCAACAGUAGAAGUUGAAUCUGCCAUCCCUAAUGCAGAAACAGAAUCUUCAGUCUGGAAAAUCAAAAUGCCCAAAAUACCUGAAGCUGAUAUUAAGACACCCGAAGUUGACUUUAACCUCCAAUCCAGUGUUUCUGUUCCAAUGGUAGAGAUUGGUAUUCAAGAUUCAAAUAUGGCAUCUAAAGCAACAAUGGUUGAGGGAGAAAUAAAACCUGGAGAUACGGAUAUGGAAGGGAAAGAAGGACAUUUCAAGUUGCCAAAAUUCAAAUUGCCAUCAUUUAGUUGGUCAUCAAAAAAAGAAGCAAGCAUUAAAGCCGAUUUUGAAGAACCUCUGGAAGAGCCUAAAAUUACUGUAUCAUCAGGCAAAACAGACACAAAACUAGUAGAAAUUGUAACUGAGGAUCAGGGUCCAAGCAUGGAUCUUGCUAUUGAAAUAUCUACAGGAAAAAAAGAACAAAAAAGCCAAAUUAAAAAGCCUCCAUUUAUCAUACCUAAAAUUUCAUUCUCCAAAAUUAAGGUUCCUAAAGCUCAGGUGAAUCUGCCAAAAGUGGAAGCUGAUGUUACUGUUUCUAAACCAGAAAGAGGCGGAGAAGACUUAGUGCAGAUACCUGAUAUAGAAAGCAGUCAUAGCAAAAGUAUAGAAGAGGGAGCACAAAUAAGCAUAAAAAUGCCAAAAGUUCAGAUUUCUACUUUGGAAUUUUCCAAACCAGAAAUCAAAGUUCCCGAAUCAGACAUGGACAUUAGCCUACCUAAGGUUGAUGCCACCUUUCCUACAGAUGAUGUGAGUCUUCAACAAGCUGACCUCAAAUCAGGGUCUGCUGGUGAUGAUGUCAACUUGUCCAUGGGUAUUAAAUUUCCCACAGCAGAAGCUUCCAUUGAGCUGAAGAGUCCAGAAACAGGAAUCGAAGGACCAUUGGCGGUGGAUGGAGCAGAAGUGAAAGUUGAAGGUGUUGAAGGAAAGAUGAAAAUGCCUAAAUUCCAAAAGCCAAAGUUUGGAAUUUCACUUCCAAAAGGAAAAAGACCAGAAAGUGAGAUCAGCUUACUCAAAAUGGAAGCUGGAGUUCCCCAGAUAUUGCUGACAACAGAUAUUGCUGACAUUGCUGUGGAAGCUCCAAUACUAGAAGUUAAAUCUGAUGUCUCUGAUGCAGAAAUAGAGGUUUCAGCUGGGAAAAUGAAAAUGCCUCAAGUUUCUAUCACUGACAUUAAAGCUCCAGAGAUGGAUGUUAGUCUCCCAUCCGUUUCUGUUUCAACCACAGAGGUGGCCUUUCAAAGCCCUGAAGUGGAGAUUAUGAAAGUGCAAGGAGAACAUGAAAUGAAGUCUGGAGAAAUUCAGACUGAAGAACAUCAGGGCUGGUUUAAAAUGCCAAAAUUUAGAAUGCCAACAUUUGGUCGGUCAUCUUCUAAGGAAAAAAGAGAUGACAUUGAUAGUGAAGGGAGCCUGGAAAAGCCGCAAGUAAGUGCUCCUUCUGCUGAAAUGCAAACAGAAAUAGAAGCUCCUGAAUAUGCAACAUCAUUGCCACAUGUGGACACUGAAUCUGCUGCUGGAAAGGAUGUUUUGGAAGGUAAAAUCAAAUCUGCUAAAGCAGAGAUUCCAAAAGUGGGAGUUUCUCUCCACAAAGGUAAAAGUUCUGAUGUUACCUCACCAAAGUUUGAAGCAGAAAUUUCACUACCUCCAGAAAAAGCAGUCAUUAAAGUGAGCAUUCCUGAAAUGGAAACUUAUGCUGACAUAGUUAAACGCGGUACUGAAGGACAACAAUUGAAAACACAUACUCCAAAAGUCAUGUUACCUAAGGUAGAACUCUCUACAUCAGAAAUUAGUGCUUCAAAAACUGGGGUGGACAUCAGCUUACCAAAAGCUGACAUUACAUUCCCUAAAUGUGAUCUGACCCUUCAAGAACAAAAAGCCAAAUCAGAGUGUGCAGAGGUUUCAACAGCAGAACAUUCCAUUGAGCUAAAGAGUCCAGAAAUAGGAGACAAAGCACCAUCUGUUGAAAUUGCUUUGGAUGGAACACAGAAGAAAUUAGAUGUCCUCCCAAAAGUAGAGUUGGACAUUCUACACCCAGGUGCAGGAGUUAAAACUGAAAAGCUAGGGGGUGUGAUAAAAUCUACAGGAAGGGAUGUUCAAGGAAGAGAAAGUAAAUUAAAAAUGCCAAAAUUCAGUGUACCCUCAUUUGGAUGGCCUGCCACAAAGGGAACAGGAGAUGUUGCUGAUGUUAAAACCAACCUUGAAGAUACCAAGAUAGGUGCUCUGGGAAUUAAAAUGGAUACUGAAAUAAGUGUUGUAGACCAUGAAAUAGAAUUUCCAGCUGAAAGUGUUGAAAAGACUAUUUCUGCAGGAGUCAGGGUGAAAGCGGAAGAUGAAGAUGAAGCAAGCAAAAUGAAAACAUCUAAAUUUAAGAUGCCAAAGUUUGGAGUGUUACAUUCAAAAGCAAAGGGUUUUGAAGUUGAUGUAUUUCUCCCAGAGUUAGAGGCUGAUGUUUCACUGCCUAAAACUGAACUAGGCAUAGUGGAAAUCCAGUUUAAAAAAGCAGAUGACUCCACUGACCUGCAAAGUCCAAGUUCAGACGUUAUGGAAUCAUCAACCAGGAUUUCAGAGGACAAGCCAGACAAACAAACUGAAAGUGUAGAGGUAAAUAUUAAAAUUCCCAAGUUAAAAAUACCAGCAUUCACUUACAAUGCACCCACAGCUGAAACUGACGUUUCAACAUCAAAAGUGGCAACGGACUUGAAAGGUGCUGGUACUGACAUUGAAGCAUCAAAACUGGAAGUAAGCACUAAGAUCCCUAAAGAAAGACCGGAGUUUGCGGGUGGUAAUAUCCAAAGGCCAUCAGUCAAAAUGCCAACAUUGGCUGAACGUGACAUUAAAAACCCACAGGUAUAUGUUAAGCUCCCAUCCACAGACUCUUCGGUUUCAAAAGCAGCACUACAAAUUCAGGGACCACUUGCAGAGGGUAAAGAAAUAAAGACACAAGAUGAAGUUGAAUCUGGACAUGUUGAUAUCGAAACGCAUGAGACUUACUUCUCUCAGAUAGUGAAAGAAUCUGAGAUUCCUUCAUCAGAAAUUAAAACUGCUAGUUUUGGAUUUUCACUUCUCAAAGUGAAGAUACCUGAGUCACAUGUUAAACUAGACAUGCCAGUCAAACUGCAGUCUUAUUCAGAAUAUAAACAUGAGGUGUCUGAGAGUGAAGUUCACCAACCUAAACUUUCUGAUGAAAAUUUAGGGGUAGCAAUACAAAAGAGUGACACUGCUGAGUUUAAAUUAUCUGGCAAACCACAAAGUGAAACUGAUGAAUCUAACGAUGUUGUAUCUUCCAGUGUCAGUUUGCCAAAACUGAAAACGUUUACAGUUGAAGUACAGUCUUCCAGUAAACUUGGAGACACUCAAUCUGAUAAGCAACCAGAGGAAAUAGCUGUAUCUCCUCUCUCUAAAGAUGGUGAAAUAGCUAAAAUACCAGAAAAUGAAGAAAAAGAUAUGAAGGAUCAAAAAGAAAAAACUGAUAGUAAAAGUUCUUCUGGCAGAUUCAAGUUUUGGCUUCCAAGUAUUGGGUUUUCUUCCUCCAUUGAUGACACAGGCUCAGAUUCCAAACCUGAAGUCCAAAAAUCAAUUCCAGAAGAAAUCCAACGUGUUGACUCUUCUGCAUCAGAUACUGACUCUUCUAAACAAACUGAAAAAACUGGAUGGUUUAGAUUUCCCAAAUUAGGCUUCUCAUCCCCAUCAAAAAAGGCUAAGAACAUUGACAAAGAAGAAGGGACAAAUCUAAAAGAAAUGAAAACUUCAGAUGAUGAAAGUCCAUCAGAGAAACCUGAAACAUUUUUUGAUGCAGAAGAAAACUUAUCACCUAAAGAAGAAACAAUUAAGGGUGAAGAAAAUGAAACUACAGGGACCUCAUCUAAUGUCCAAGUUUCUGGUGCUUUAGUGACAUCAUCAGCAAGAACUGAAUUAAUCUUGUUGGAGAGGGAAAGAGCUAGCCAGCAAAGUAUUCUUGAAAAGACCACCAAAUGAGUAUUUUUUUCUGAUCUAUGCAUAUAUGGAAAAUCUGAAGGUAGAACAAACUAAGAGAAAAACAUAUGCCGAAAAAUGCUGUCUUCCCAGAGAGUUUUCCUGAAGAAAUGAAAGUGGAACAGAACUUAAAACUGACAUUGAUGAAAACAGUCUGUGGAUCAUUCCUCACCACACUGGCAUUUGCAAGCAUGUGAACAUACUGUAGGACCUAAUGAAACAUUUGUUUCAUGAGAUGUACCCAAGAAGAAACACACAACUACAGAGGAAAAGGAGGCAUUCACACUUUUAACAAAGUCUGAUAAAAUUCUCCUAACCAUGCAAAAUAAAGUGUUGAAUGGAGCAAAGAUAGUGAAAAGAUUUUAUUAAAUAUAAUUCUCUAAAACAUGCCAGUUGUGUUUAGAUUAUAGAUUAUUUGCAAAAAUGAAUAUAAAGCUAGAGCUAUGAGGACUAGAGAUAUACAUAACUGUUUAGAUUUUAUUUUAUUAAAUAUAUUUCUGCCUUGAUGUUGCUUUCUUAUAAAAAUAUAUUUUCUUUUUUCUUAGAUAGAGCAAUAUUUGUAUUCCAUGAUCAUUUUAAAAUGUAGAACAAACAGAAAUAAUACUGUAGAUAUGACAAUCCUUCCUCCCCCACCCCCGCCCCAGUUAGUAGGGUGGAUAAUAUUUAGCCUUAAAAAAAAAUAAAAACUUCAGGAAAUGCUCCAGAUUCCUGAAAAAUAUAUACUGCUGAUUCACAUAUUCAAAAUAAAAAAAUAAAAUAUGGCAACUGAGAAGAAGAAUAAAAAAAAUUGGGGUAAGAAAGUUCACUAUGUAUAUAUUUAUCCGAAUAGUUAAUGCAUAGAAUGGGGCAUAUGUCAGUGAAAUCGCUGGAAAGGUUUUUCCAGAGAAAUAAGAUGUAAAUAGUUAUUUACCUUUUGUUUAUAUCAAUGCUUCUCUUCAGUACAUGACCAAAAAGGUAAUACCAUAUAUGUUAGCCAUCACUGUACAUGUAUUACUAGAAUGUUGAAUGUAUUCUCAAUUCACAGUACAGUCACUGUAUCGAUAAUAAAUGCAACAACAUUAUUAUUGUAA